AUGGUUGACGAUGCUCACCGCAAUGACAUGGUUGGUGAUGUUGAACGUGCCAUUCUGGCACAAAAAUUUGAUUCGGUCGAAGAUGGAGAAGAUUUCUACAAUGCGUAUGCUAAAGCCAAGGGAUUUAGUAUACGAAAAUCCAGAUUUAACACAAAUAAAGAGGGAAAGGUCGUUAGUAGGCUGUGGUUGUGUUCAAGGGAAGGUCAGAGAUUACCAAAAUACUUGGACCGUGUUGCUGAGAAGAGUAGAGCUCCCAAGGCACUAACAAGAGUAGGUUGCAAAGCCCAAUUUCGCAUACGGUACGAUGCGGAUGCUGGUGAAGGGGGAAAGUAUGUUGUGACGCACUUCGUCGCAGACCACAACCAUGAAUUGGCGGAACAACACUGUGUGAUGUAUCUGAGGUCACAUCGCAGUUUAAACAGCGAUGACAAAGCUCAAGCAAUGACUAUGCGCAAUGUCGGUGUGAAGACUAGCCAAAUCAUGGACUAUAUGGUAAAUCAAUCCGGGUCUUAUGAGAAUGUUGGUUUCAUCCGCACGGAUCUGCACAACCAUAUUCAAGCCGAACGUAGAGCAGAAGUUGAGGAUGCUAAUGAGACAAUUGAGACAUACACAUGGGUUUUGGAAACAUUUAUGGAGGCGAUGGGCAAUAAAGCACCUGUGUCCGUACUGACAGAUGGGGAUAAGUCGAUGCGAGAGGCAAUCAGAAGAGUAUUUCCAGAUGCAAGACAUCGAUUAUGUAAUUGGCAUCUUGGGAAAAAUGCUGUUUCAAAUGUUCACAUAAGUGGCUUUGCACAUGCUUUCAAGCAGUGCAUGGACAUGGAAACGGAUGAGACAAAGUUUGAGCAUGGUUGGACGACAAUGGUCGAAAAAUUUGGACUUCAAACCAACAGUUGGGUGUUGGAGACAUAUGAGAAGCGUCAUAUGUGGGCUGAGGCAUAUAUGCGUGGACAUUUCUUUGCUGGGAUGAAGAGCACUCAGCGCUCGGAGUGUAUGAAUGCUUAUUUCAAUCCCUUCCUCCAACACAAAUUGAAGCUAUAUGAAUUUGUUAGGCACUAUGAUCGGGCUCUUGCAAGGAUAAGGUAUAACGAGGCUGGAGAUGAUGCUGAAACAAAUAACACUUUUCCGGGGAAGUUGAAUGUGAAGGAUGUGUUCCCUUUGCCGGAUGGUCAGAAAUGCUACUAUAUUCAUAAGUACAGAGUGAAGGACAGAUCAUGGAUAGUAACACACAGUCCAAUGGAUGCUGCAAUGAGAUGUUCUUGCAUGAAGUUUGAGUCGUUGGGGCUACCUUGCUGCCACAUGAUAUGUGUUAUGAAAGCUGAAAAUUUAACGCAAAUUCCCCCAACUUGUGUGCUGCAUAGAUGGACAAGGGCUGCAAGCAAGGAUGGCCAGCAAUGGCCUCAACCCUCAAUUGAUAGCACUACAACACAGACGGCCCGGUAUGGGAUAUUGUGUUCUUCCUACAACGAAAUGUGUUUCUAUGCCUCGCAAUCAACGGAAGGUUUCAAGGAUGCUAGGGAUGCAUGUCUUCCAAUGACGACCCGGAUGAAGGAGUUAUAUGAGAGGAAUUUGAACGGUGGGAAUGGAGACAAAGGGAAACAUUCAUUCCGUCGACAAUUUGGAGUAGAAGAUCCUGAUGUUGUGAAGACAAAAGGGAACCCAGGACGGGCCUCGUCCAACUGUCGAAGACCAAGAAAAUGUGGGAAUUGCAAAUGCAUUGGGCACACAAAGCGAACGUGUCCUAAGGUUCGGUUUAGCCGAACAGUGGGUAAUAACUCAGAUGCAGAUACACCCCACAUAACUGACCGUGAGUACAAUGCGGAGUCAUUGCCCGUUCGCUGCAAAACUGGGUUGGUGGAUCCAAGUACACCGCACAUUAAGCAACGGCGACUAUUUUUUGAUGUUUCUCCUGAUUCCAAGCAGCCUGUGGGCCAAUACGGUAGUGUUGAAGCAGCAGUGUGGAAAAAUGAUUCGAACACAAUUGAUGAGGUGAAUCAGCAACGAAGCAGUAAUUUAAAGUUGACAAGUUCAAGAAGAAAAUCAAGCAAUUGUGGUAUUGGUUCAAAUGCCUGA